GCUCAGCGCCUGUAAUGUGGGGCGGAAAUGGCUGGGAGGGGGAUGGGGAUGUUGAAUUUGGAAAUUGGAGGGGACGCUGGUGGACGGAUUAGGUGCAAGGAGUUGGUGUUGAUGGAGGAGCAGGACGCCAGAGUCCCAGCCCUGGAACCAUUCAGAGUGGAGCAGGCACCACCUGUAAUCUACUAUGUCCCAGACUUCAUCUCCAAAGAAGAGGAGGAGUAUUUGCUUCGACAGGUUUUUAAUGCCCCAAAGCCAAAGUGGACCCAGCUCUCUGGGAGAAAGUUACAGAACUGGGGUGGGCUUCCCCAUCCCCGGGGGAUGGUUCCUGAGCGGCUGCCCCCAUGGCUCCAGCGCUACGUGGACAAAGUGUCUGACCUCAGCCUCUUUGGAGGCCUCCCAGCUAACCAUGUCCUUGUGAACCAGUAUCUGCCUGGGGAGGGCAUCAUGCCCCACGAGGAUGGACCACUGUACUACCCGACUGUCAGCACCAUCAGCCUGGGCUCCCACACCGUGCUGGACUUCUACGAGCCACGGCGGCCGGAGGAUGAUGACCCUACAGAACAGCCUCGGCCUCCGCCCCGGCCCACCACCUCGCUACUGCUGGAACCGCGCAGCCUGCUGGUGCUCCGCGGCCCCGCCUACACGCGCCUCCUCCACGGCAUCGCCGCCGCCCGCGUAGACGCGCUGGACGCCGCCUCCCCGCCGCCCAAUGCGGCCGCCUGCCCUUCGGCGCGGCCUGGAGCCUGCCUGGUGCGCGGCACCCGGGUCUCGCUGACCAUCCGCCGCGUGCCCCGCGUGCUGCGCGCCGGCCUUCUGCUGGGCAAGUGACCGCCAGGGCCGGGACCCCUCGGAUUCCCGGGUUCCUGCCCCCUUGGGGCUGCUGUGACUCUGCGACCUUGGAACCGUGGGCAGAGGGGGCUCCCCUGGUUUAUUUAUUUUCCCAAUAAUUUUGUGUGAGCUACAGAAGACCCCAUACCAAAUAAACAAAAAAUCUUUC